UUGACACUGACACCGCCACUUCUUUUUUGUCCCGCAACGCGCACGGAUUUGUGCGUUUUGUGUUUUGUCUUGUCCUUAAAUUUUUCGAAGUCCCUACACACUUCAAGAUGGGUAGGGAGGACAAGGCUACCUGGAAGACCAACUACUUUACCAAGAUCAUCCAAUUGUUAGAUGAGUACCCAAAAUGUUUCAUCGUGGGUGCAGACAAUGUGGGCUCGCAGCAGAUGCAGCAAAUCCGUAUCUCCCUCCGUGGCCACAGCAUCGUCCUCAUGGGCAAGAACACCAUGAUGCGUAAAGCUAUCAGAGACCAUCUUGAAACCAAUCCUGCCUUAGAAAAGCUGUUGCCUCACAUCAAGGGCAACGUUGGUUUCGUGUUCACCCGUGGCGACCUUGUCGAGGUCCGUGACAAGCUGCUGGAGAACAAAGUCCGUGCUCCAGCCAGGCCUGGUGCCAUUGCUCCAUUGGCUGUCGUUAUCCCCGCCCACAACACUGGUUUGGGUCCUGAGAAGACUGCUUUCUUCCAGGCUCUGUCCAUCCCAACCAAGAUUUCCAAGGGUACUAUUGAAAUCAUCAACGAUGUCCACAUCUUGAAGCCCGGUGACAAGGUCGGAGCCUCUGAAGCCACCCUUCUCAACAUGUUGAACAUUUCUCCCUUCUCAUACGGUCUUGUUGUCAAACAAGUUUAUGAUUCUGGUACCAUCUUUGCCCCUGCAAUCCUUGACAUCAAGCCAGAGGACCUCCGUGCCAGGUUCCAAGAGGGAGUAGCUAACCUAGCUGCUCUCUCUUUGGCUAUUGGUUACCCAACUCUGGCCUCUGCCCCACACUCCAUUGCCAAUGGUUUCAAGAACUUGCUCGCCAUCGCUGCCGUUACAGAGGUUGAGUUUAAGGAAGCUACUACCAUCAAGGAAUUCAUUAAGGAUCCCAGCAAGUUCGUCGCAGCAGUGGCCGCGCCCGCCGCCGCCGCCGCCCCGGCCGCUGACAAGAAGGAAGAGGAAAAGAAACCCGAGAAGGAAGAGUCUGAGAGCGACGACGACAUGGGCUUCGGACUCUUCGACUAGACUCGCACUAAUCUAUCCUUGUAACCUACCCCGACUGACAUAUCAUGGAUAAUGUAUAGGUAAGGAGGGGUAGGUUAGAAUGGUAGUUUCCAGACGUGGACAUCUGGCGUUGUGUACUAUACGCCGCCGGGUCUGGACACCCAUAUGGCGGCUAUUUGUUUCAGCGUCGAGAAUAAAACCACUUGAAAAAGUA